AUGUCGGUGAAUCCUCUUCUCAAGAAAAUGGUUCGGCAGAGCGUAAAAGAAAACCCCAUACGCGCCGAAAGGCGAAAGAGACGAGCAGCCAAACCAAAAGAACAAGAGAUAGUCACUAUUUCCUCCUCCUCAACUUCCUCAGAUGACGACGACGAUGAUCUUGAGGAUGUAGAUUUGAGUGGAGCUGAUGUCUCAUCGCGUGAAGUCACGCAGACCCCAGACGAAAGUGCUGCCGAAGAAGUAGAUGAUUUCCAAGAUUUGGAGGAUGUGGAUUUGGAAGCAGCUUUUGCUGAGACACCUUCUCCUGCAAACGAGACACUCACUUUCACCAUCAAUACACAAGAACAACCGGUGAAGAAGAAAGCUAAGAAACACACGCCAAUCUCUAGAGAAGAGAGACAACAGCGGAAACUUAUCCACAAGUUGUAUAUUGUAUCGAUGGUAACCCAUGGUGAGAUAAGAAGUCGAUGGUGCAAUGAUCCUUUUUUCAAGUCCCUCGCUGAUAAAAUGGUCCCUCAAGUCAUACGCAAUUUGCUUGAUCAGAGUGGAAAGUCUGGCCAAGAUCAUAUAAAGGGCCGUAAAUUUAUCGAUGGCCUUCAGAAGCUACUCCAUCUUUACUCGCAAAGAUUCAAGGUGACUUGCCAGGGCCUAGUGCGCAAAGACUGGGGUGAUCUACAGCAAGAGCAAAAUUAUACCGAAAAGAAUGUGAACCGCGCUAAGUUUAAAAGAUUGGUUUCUCAACUACAAGGUUCCCGAGAUAUUGGGGCUCAGGGGUUCGUUGCAUUAUUACGGGCGUGUGGCGUUCAUGCUCGUCUAGUAUUCUCCCUUCAGCCUCCAGAUUUUCGCUCCGUGUCACAAGCACAAUCGACAAAAGCGAAGGCCGCCGCUGAAGAGAAAGAAAAGAAACCAAAAUCAGAGUUUGACCCAGUUUUCAUCCCAAACGCGAAAAGAGAGGUACUCACAAGCAUAAGAGCUGGGGCUACUUCACUGGAGCCAUUGCGGCGUCAAUACAACUUUCCAAUGUCUAAGUAUCCUGUGUUCUGGGUUGAAGCAUGGAACAAAUAUAAUCGAAAGUGGAUAUCCAUAGACCCAAUUGUGUUUCAAAGCAUCGAAGUUUGCCCUAUGCGCAAGCGAUGUAGGUUUGAACCACCAGGUACAGAGAAAACUCACCAGACUAUGUAUGUGCUAGCAUUUGACCGAUAUGGAAGAGUAAAGGAUGUUACAAGGCGGUAUACGCAAUAUUAUAAUGCAAAAGUGCUGAAAAAAAGGAUUGACUCUGCGUCUGAUGAGGACGAGCAUUGGUAUCAAAUGCUUCUUAGAGCGGCUUCACAAAAAAGCAACAAAUUUCAAGAGGCAGAGAUACUCGAAUCUAAAGAGUUUUAUGAUCGAGAUAUUUGCGAAGGUAUCCCAAAGAGCAAAGCAGACUUCAAAAAUCACCCAGUGUACGCAUUGGAAUCCCAACUUCGGCAAGACGAGGUCAUCUAUCCAAAGGACAAUACAAGUAAAUGUGGGACUUUCAGAUCGAUCACAAAAUCGCAUAUAGAACCGAUCUAUAAGCGCUCACACGUUCACAGACUUCGAACUGCUAAAGCGUGGCAUAUGAAAGGACGACUCCUCAAAAUGGGAGCCCAGCCUUUGAAAACGAAAGCCUCUAACGUGAUUAUGACUAAUGAUGAAACCACAGACGAUGAUGGACAAGUACGACUUUAUGCAGAUUUCCAAACAGAACUAUAUAUCCCACCACCAAUUGUGGAUGGCAAGAUCACCAAAAAUGCAUUUGGCAAUGUGGAAAUUUUCACAGCCACAAUGAUCCCUGAGAACGGAUAUUUGGUCAAGCUCUCAGAAACUAUGCCCAUGAAACUACUUGAAAAAGCAGCGAGAGAUGUUCUACAUAUUGAUUAUGCAAAGGCAAUUGUUUCGUUUGAUUUUGGCAAGAAGGGCACAACAACUCCGAAGGAAGGGGGUAUUUUGAUCGAUGUACAAUACAAAGAAGCUAUGCAUCUCGUUUUGAAUGGCUUGGUUGAAAUUCAAGAAGAAGAGAAAAGAAAGGCCGUGGAGCUCAAUGCGCUUCGCUGCUGGAAGUUCUUCUUAGCAAAACUUCGGAUUGUGCGCCGACUUGAUAGUGAACAUGGAGAAGUCGAGAAAAGAAAGUUUCAGGAAGAGGAUUCAGAUGAGGAAGAGGGAUACUUUAGUGUGGGAAGUGAAGAAGCAGGGUCUGACGAUAACUAUGUUCCGCGAAAGCGACGUCGGUUAAGUGUAGAGCCGGAAAACAACUUUAACCAUAGUGACGAUCUAGGUGGAGGAGGCUUCUUCAGUGAAACAGGUUUCAAUGGUAACACUAUUUCUGAAGAUAGGAACCAAAAUUAUGCUGAGUUAAACGAGGGAGGCUUUAUUAUUGAAGAAGAUAAUUUAGAGAAUGAUGAAUCUGAUGGAGGUGGUUUCAUUGUUGAAGAUGACAAUGAAAGAACUGCCAAAGUCUUUGAAUCCCAUGAGGGAGGAUUCUUGGUUAACCCCGACCUUGGUACCGCGAAAUCGGUUCCUGUGGAUGAAAGGUCAGAUCCUAUGAGAGACACUAAUUCGGAAACUCUACAAGACGAUACGGACAAAGAAUUGACCAGAAAAGCAACAUUCGAUUUCCCCACCGAGUCUAGUAAAGAUGAAAAAGAAAUACAUCAAAACUAUGGCACAGUUCAAAGUCUGGAUACUUUGUCCGGAUACAGAGAAGAAAACGAACAAGUUGCAAAAAUCGAGCCUGAUUUAGUUCUUGCACGCGCAAACAGUAUAGAAGCUCAUCAGGCACACGAGCAAGUUUGCAAACAUGAAAAUGAUGGGGCAAGUAAUGGACCAGAAAACGAAGGUGCAAGCGAUUGGAUGGCAUGCAAUUAUAGUAAUCAAACUCCGCGGACUGCGGUAUCUCUAAAAAAUUCAAGUACAAGCACCCGCGAUGCUGACGUGAAUAAUGGCAACGGAAUUACGGAAUUUCACAAUAUCACUCUAGAGACGCCACCAUUGGACAAAUUUCGUAAAGUGGAGCUGGAUGCAGAUCCUUGUCAUGCAGAGGAUUUAGAGGAUGCGAUAACUAGUGGCAAUACGAACCAAAGUGAGCAACUCGAUCCGCGGAUUGAGCAAGAAGAAGCCGAAUUUGGGUUCGAGUAUAGUGAUUCAGAAUAG